AUGGCAGACUCACCUUUGGAUGGACAAAUGGUACCCCCUGCUCCUCUGCCGCCGCGGCCACGCCACACCUUUAGCUUGCGGACGGUAGAAAAGCUCUGCCAGCGGCACUUGGAGAGCACUGGGACACAUCUGCGUCCAGAGCAACUCCCCGCUUUUGUCGAGGAUGUGCGGCGCCGGCUUGCGCGCGUGGAGGAGGUCUUGAAGUACCGCCUACAAUGCCCUGCAGCAUCCUUUAACGGGGGAAAGGGCCGUUCCCCGCUCUCGAGGUUUGAACGUGUCCGUAUGAGCCAAAUUUUAGCAGAUAUAGUGCUUGAUAUCGCCAUCAUCUCCAUCUUGGGCGGCAACGAGGCGCGUGACACGGUGUCAGGUACAGGCAAGGCGGUCUCGCUAUCAACUUCUCACGUGGGCGUAACAACGCCGCACUCAUGUAUCACGGAUGAAUUCUUUGAGGACUGCAAACUGCAGUGGCAGGACUCGAUCCUGCUCUCUGGUUCUGUUGAAGAGGCGCUGGAGCUGCCAGAAAUGCCCCCGUUGUUAAUUUCAGGUGCCAGUGGCUGUGACUCCAGCAGGGAGAUGACACACAGCCUGCCUCUUCCGACCUGCUCGCUCGCAAAAAAUUGUUUGAGGGGCGCAAAGCAGAUGUCCCCGUUGGCGGAGCGGUUGCACUACGCGUCACCGCGACUUCAGGGCAACGGCUUCAUUAAGGUUGAGAGUUACGGAAAUAGCACCAACAGCAAACCCACACAGGCCACCCUUUCGUCGCAAGAAGUACCAUCCUAUCACCACCCCCUCUCGCCCGUUUCACCGCACUUCAAGCCUGUACUGUCGAUGCACUCUGCAGAUGAUGUCUCCUCUAUGUUUCCACAGCCUUGCCCACGGCCUCGGAAGCAGUACGACAUUGACUUGAUGAAAGUGAAGGAAUUUACUCGCUGUCUCAGCAGAGUGCAAGAGCUGAACCUUACAGAUAGCGAGUUUGAGAUGCUUGGCUUACGCUACGCCAUUCCUGGCAUACGGGAAUUGGACCCAAGCGAGGAACAAUUUUUGGCGCAUGUGGGCGAGCGCUACAAAACCACUGGUGUUCCUUCACCUCACUCUGGCAACGGUGUCUUUGUCGUUAGGCACACCAUUUCUGCAAAAAGCACCGGGGGGAAUACUGAUGCAGGGUUUUACAGUAUAGCUACUUCUAGCAGCGGGGACUCUUUCAGUUUGGCCAGUACUUCAUCGCCCAGUACGCCUGGCAUGCAACUUUCUCUGCAGGAGGAUGUUGCAGCGCCACCCGGGUCUAGUUUGCACGGGGCCGUAAAAAAACAUCUAGCGUGGAGUGAUGUACCACAAGGCGACGCGGUAGUCCUCUCACCACAUACCUUCGCUGCGGGUCAGUGCUUGCUGCUGUUUCCAGGGGGGAAAGAUGUCAUUCUAAAGAAGAAGGAUCUCCAACUUUUCCUGGCCUUAGUGGACGCCCGUUUAAAGUCUGUAGACCAGGCCGUCGACGGGCGAUUAAAUGCUUUUGUGGCUGAUCUGGCAUCUAGCAGCGGGGACGAAGACGCACCUUUCACUGCCUGA